UUCGCGGUCACUGUUCCCCCUCGACGGGUCUAGAAUGGCCUCUUGGCGGCCGUAAAGGGGUUUUAAGCGGGUAUAGAAAGUGUUUGGGCGGCUGUACAUAUCCUCUCCAUUUGCGGUCGAGCCAAGCUUGUUGCGGUCCAAGGAGAGUCACGCUUGAAAUAGGACUAAGCCGUCCUUAUUCAGAUGCUGAUGGACUCAUUCUGGCAGGAGCGCCAUCCUCUCCUCGCAUGGCAAAUCUGGUGGGUGAUUGGGUCCAUGGCACUGGUCGAUGAGUGGGGUACAGGCAGGCCGUCCGGUAGGUCUGGACUAGUGCUGGCCGCAGUCAAGGCGCGGACUCUCCUCAAGCCAUGUCGGGCAUUCGGGCUGGACUCUCCUUGCCAUCGUCAAGAGGUAGGCCAGCUCUGUAGCGGCCUGAAGAUUACGACUAGCUUCUGAGACUCUUCAAUGACGAACAGUGUCGCCUUCUGGACGUCGCC